AGUAAAAUAUCUAAAAUCUCUGCUUGAUUGUUUAGAAAGCACUUCUUGUGUCUGCAGUGUGAUCAGUUAACCUCCAUCCUAGCUCUUAUAAGACUUUAAACAAUUUCGAAACAAAAAUCAAAGAAAAAAGAUAAGCAUGGAAGACGGUCCCGAUUUUGUUGCAGACGUUUCUCUAAGUGGUUUAAAACAAAAUUCUGUUGAUAUUUCUAACUUAGAAAAAGAAAACCCUAAUAAAUCAGUAAGCAUGGAGCUAUUGAACGAUAUGAAACCCUACUGCUACGAAAAAAAAGUGUGGAGGAAUUUUGAAAAUUUUGCUGCAGAACUAAUUAAAGUUUCAGUUGAAGAAGCUUUAAGAAAUUUACCACCAAGGAUUCUGAUCACCGAAUCAAAUUCCAUUUAUCAACGAUCUGGACAAGAACAUAAAUAUCAAGAAAGUUCAUUUUACGAAGAUCCCGAGGAACACAUUAAAAACUCAGAUAAUGAUGAUAAAAGAGUUUCUGAAAUCUACAAUGAGAAUGACUCUCAUUACGAAUCUUUAUCUUUGCCAAUAACUUCAGAAACACAAAACCAUUUCAGGAUUGAUCAAAUUUCUGGUAAAGAUUUAAAACUUUUACCAGAAUCGAAUGAAAAGAUAAUUGACACAGCUCUUGAGACUAAAACGAACGAAUUAACAGUUAAAGAAGAAAACAAGGAAUUACUGAUUAAAGAUAUUCAAGAUGAAUGCAAUGCUAUUAGACAAAUUAUUGACCAAAGAACAGAAAACUAUAAGAAUUCAGAAAAUAUUGAAGAAGAUAGCUUUUUAGAUUUUUCAAAUCAUGUAGAAUGUCUUCGUCAGAUUACUAAUAGCACGCUUGACCUAACCAAAGACGAAGAUGAUUUGAAAUCCGACCUUAAAAUAAACCAGAAUCUAACACCAAAGAUGAAAAAGAAACAACUGGUGAAAAGUCCCCUGACAAAACGUAAGGAGAUAAAGAAGUUGUUCCAGAACCACAGGGAAUGUGAAAACUCAGAUAUUCUGGAAGAAAUUUUUAAACCUGUAACCAUUUUCAAUCAGGAAGAAAUAGUUCAAACUUCAAUAACUUAUCAACCUUAUCAGAAAAAACAAGACGAAGAUUCAAAUCAAGAAACAAAAAAUGUUUCAGAAUUGCCUAGGUGUCAUAAUGGGGGCUGCUGUCUACAUGAUACCAAUUUUAACAAAAAGACCCUCAUCAUGAGAUUCCCGUGGAUGCUAACUUCAACUCUUCUUAUCAUCUCUACACUAGGAUUAAUCGGUGUUCAUGCUGGUUCUAAAUGUUCUCUCGAGGCAAAGUGUUCUUUUGACGAGACAAAUGUUGGAAUAUUUAUUGCGGACACCAAAGAAAUGGCAAAUAAUAUUGCUGAUGGAGAUCAAGCUCAGAAGGUUCAGUCUGGAUUAAAAGAAGUACAGAACUUGAUUGAUCAACUUUAUGAGAACCUAAACAGCAUCGGCAAAAUGGAUAUUUAUGAUGUAGGACUAGAAUUCAACAAAUCAUGGUUCGAAGAAACAAAAUCCCGAAUUAAUGUUCUUAUUGAUUCAAUCAAGAAUUUUGAUUACUCUGGGCAAUGGACAAGUACACAAAAAUCCGUGACCUUAGCCAUACAAACCCUCACAAAGAAGAUAAAAGAGCUAGUUCCUGAAAACUAAAACCAAUUUCUACUAUAAAAUAAUAUAAUAUAUCUAAAUAAAUUAUGAAAUGGAUA